UUACAACAGGACCCUUAUCUGCAGCACUAAAUACUUUCUUUUACAACAUAGCUGUGUUUCAUUGAACCCAGAAAGCACUGUACAUGACAUGUAACUGCGUAUCAUGUACUGACGACCUUGAAGGACACAUUAGGAGUUGCGUUCAGUACUCUUUCUUUCCAACUAUGCACAAAACCUGCCAUUUUUGAAUAGCACAUACUGUAGUUGAGGUGACACUUUGAAGUUGGGUUGCCUUUCCUGUACCCAUGGAUUUGGGUCUCUGAGGGACGUCACCAUGAAGGUACCUUGUUUGUCUCUGCUCACCUUUACUCUACUGUUGAAUCAACUAUCCUGUGCAUCUGGGGGAAAAGUACUGGUGUUCCCAUUGGAUGGAAGCCAUUGGGUAAACAUGAAAGUACUCUUAGAGGAACUACAUGCCAAAGGCCAUGAGGUCACUGUGGUUCGGGCAUCAGAUAGCUGGUACAUCAGUGAAAAGUCUCCUUUCUACACCUCUGUCACCCUUCCCAGCACAGGUGGCUUUGAAGAAAACUUUGAAACCUUUUUGUCUCCACAGCUGGAGAUACAGCUUAAGGGCAAGUCUACAUCUUUUUGGUCUCGCAUCUGGACUCAUAUUCAGAUGGAGCAGACAGUUGUGAACCAGUUCUAUCAGUUCCAUAAGGGAAUGAGUGAAAUGAUCGUUCAGAUGUUUGAAGAUGUAAAUCUGUUGCGUUCCCUACAUGAUGCCAAAUAUGAUGUGGUUUUGACAGACCCUGGCAUAGGCGGAGGGUCUAUGCUGGCACGUCGGCUCCAAGUUCCUCUUGUUUUCAAUGUUAGAUGGACCAUUCAAGGUGAAGCUCAUUUUCUUAUUGCUCCUUCACCUCUAGCAUACAUUCCUUUCACUGCAACAGAGCUGACAGAUAGGAUGACUUUUCCUCAAAGAAUCAAGAAUGUUUUGAGUUAUAUCCUUGGGAUGUACACACUAUCAUACAUCACAGAACCUCACUACAAACCUCUGGUCAGGAAGUACUUUGGUACUGAUGUGGAUUACUUAACAUUUUUCCUGGAUGCUGAUAUAUGGCUUAUGAGGAAUGAUUUUGUCUUUGAAUUUCCACGUCCUACGAUGCCAAAUAUAGUCUACAUGGGUGGAUUUCAGUGCAAACCCCCAAAGCCGCUGCCUGCAGACUUGGAGGAGUUUGUCCAGAGCUCUGGAGAUCAUGGGGUCAUUAUGAUGACCUUAGGAACUUUAGUCGGGAGGCUUCCUCAAGAUGUCGCUGAGGAGAUUGGUGCAGCCUUUGCUCAGCUGCCUCAGAAGGUUGUGUGGAGGUACAUGGGACAAAGGCCAGCCAGUCUUGGCAACAACACGUUACUGGUCAACUGGUUGCCACAGAAGGACCUCUUAGGACAUCCCAAAACUAGAGUGUUUGUGACCCAUGGAGGCACCAAUGGGGUUCAGGAAGCAAUUUACCAUGGGGUUCCCAUAGUUGGACUACCCUUAUUCUUUGAUCAGCCUGAUAACCUCUCCAGAAUAAAAGCAAAGGGAGGAGCAGUGAUUGUGGAUAUUGCCAUGCUUGAUAGGCACAUUUUUGCAGAUGCACUGAGAACAGUUCUGUACAAUUCCUCAUACAGGGAAAACAUGCAGACACUCUCAAGGCUGCACAGAGAUCAGCCCAUGAAACCACUGGACCAGGCAGUGUUUUGGAUAGAAUAUGUUAUAAGGCAUAAAGGAGCCCGACAUCUGCAGACGCAAUCCAACAAAAUGUCCUGGUUUGUUUACAACUCUCUUGAUGUCAUUGCUGCUUUGUUGACAGUUGUUUUGCUUAUAACAUAUGUCUGCAUUUCAAUUGUAAGAUUAGUGUGGAGAAUGAUUUUUCUUGGUAGAAAGGUUAAACAUCAAUGACAUGAAGAGUAAAAGGCUGGUUUUGUGUGUGAAAUCCAAGCAUUACCGGACAUUAAACCCAACAAGUCUCUGUGUGUGAUGUUGCUAAAGUUGAAAACUUUACGAAAAUACUGUAACAUUGAAACUUUUAAAAUGAAUGAACAUGAAUAAAAAAAACAUGAUGUAAAGAAUAUUCCACUGAUUUAGCAUUGCUCUCCUAUAACACUGGCAGACUCAGGAUCAACGUUUUUUUUUUUUUUUUUUUUUUAAAGGAUCAAA